GCCUGCAUAAAACACCUCUCCACCCCCACACCCUCGAUUAUCUCCACCCCCACAAACCCACACCAGAAUCAAUUCCAACUCCCCCCUCCUCUCUCUCUCUCUCUCUCUCUCUACGAAUUUUUGCUUUCUCUCUCUAAAAGUAGAUAUCAAAUUUCUGAAAAUUAUAUGGCUCAGAGGACGGAGAAGGAGGAGACGGAAUUCAAGGCCGUCCCCGAAACCCUAACGCCCUGCGUCAACAACUGCGGCGUUACCGGCAACCCCGCCACCAACAACAUGUGCCAGAACUGCUUCAACGCCUCUACCCCGGCCUCCUCCUCCUCCUCCUCCUCCUCCGGCGGUGAUAGGAGUCCUAGAUCUAGAUCUACGCCUUCGCGAUCACCUGAAAGGUCCUUUACUCCGGCGGAGGCCGUCCGGAUUCCGACGGCGCAGGAUCGAGAGGCCGUGCCGAACGGGUCUCUGGCGGCUGUAGCCAAGAGGGAGGUGAAUCGGUGCUCCGGCUGCCGGAGGAAGGUAGGGUUGACCGGAUUCCGGUGCCGGUGCGGCGAUUUAUUUUGUGGCAACCACCGUUACUCGGACCGCCACGAUUGCAGCUACGACUACAAGGCGGCCGGGCGCGAGGCGAUCUGCAGGGAGAAUCCGGUGGUCAAAGCGGCCAAGAUCGUCCGAGUUUGAAGCGCAGAUAUGCAUACGGAUACGAAGAUGAAAGUCAAAGAUCGAGCGAGCCUCUCGAUCUCUCGCGUUUCUCUCCGCAGGUGAGAGAGAGAGAGAGAGAGAUAGAGAGAGAAAGCGUAGAUUUGUCGAGCCAUGUUAUAAGAUUAUUGUGGUGAUGAUCAAAUGAUAAUGAAAUACUUGCUGUUUGUCUAAUCGUUAUGUAUAAUUGUCUCUGUUUGGUUUCUGUUAUUUCUUUAAAUCAAAGAGAAUUGUGGAUUUGUAGCUGA